AGAUUCUGUCCUGUCGCUGUCAAACAAAGCUUACAAAGCUUUAGCGCAAGUACACCAUCAAGCAGGCUUGACGAAAACUCCACGACUAGACACGGCGGUAACAAUCUUCCACCAAGAAUAAUCACCAAUAGAAUAGAUCUUGAUCGCAUGGAAGCGCAAGCUAAGGCAGCUAAACGCCGUGCAAUGGUAAGCGGUAACUUGGCUGAGUUUUUGACUUAUUGA